AUCCCCAAUGACAAGUCAUCAUUGCCAUGAUGUAAGACGACCCAUCAUUCACCUGGAAGAAUACUCACCAUCGACCAAGUAAGUGUCUCAUCAACUUUUCUUGAUGAUUCGACUCAACAACAGUCAAUACUUCCAUUUCCUGCAGUGGGCCAACGCUUUACGGCGCUCAGGUUCAAUGUGUGAUGCCCUCAUCUUGGUGAAGAACCAGACAUUUCGGGCUCAUCGGCUGGUGCUGGCCUGUGCUAGCAGACGACUCGAACAGAAGCUCGCCCAAGCGGACACAGACCGAGAGGUCCACUGUCAACUGGAGGAUCUCUCACCAAAAACCUUCCAGCAGGUCUUGGACUUUGCCUACACACAGAGUCUGGAGGUGUCGGAAGAUGACCUGCAACAGCUUCUCCUGGCUGCUCAAUUUCUGGAAAUGCACCCGCUGGAGGAGCAGUGCCAGCGCCACUUGGACACACUCAGAACAGGGCAGGUGGAUCAAAGACACAAAGGAACCAGUGAGAGCGAUGAGGAAGAGGAGCUCAAGAAAAAGAGCGAUGCGGAGGAGAACCUCCAAGAGGCUCCUUUCACCAAAACCAAUAUCACGGAAAAGACAACCGCGGAAGAAUCAAGAAAAAAGUCCAAAUUGACGAUAUACAGUCGAGGCAGCGUCAUCACCAGCUCAGUCUCCAACUCGUCCUCCUCUCCUUGGACCAUCCCAAACCACAUGUGGAGCUGCGCAAGCAGCCUGAGACGUCGAGCCGAGAACGACUCCACCUCGCAAGCAGCUCAGCCCUGUCAGCCCCCUGCAGCACAUGCCAUCACUUUCCCCACACCGCACAUCUUCCCUCUUCAAGGACCCCAUUUCCAGUCCCCGAGUAACCGCUCUGUGGUAACAGGCUUGCAUCCAUUUUAUGGACAACGGCUUUACUUUGCCACCACUGAGACGGGAGGUAACAUCAAACCGGACUUGCAGGUGACAAGAAUAAAGGCAAGAAAGAAGGCAGACAAAACCAGUGAGAUCGGUUGCCCAGGAGCGCACGAAGCCAACAUAGUAAAAGAAUGCAACCACUGCAGGUCACAACCGCGUCGUGAUCCUGCCUCCUCGCCGUCAGGUGAAGCCUGCGCAUGUUGUCGCCUCUUUGUGACAGAAAAUGAAUGCCGACUGAAUGGGCAAGACUUGAGAGGAGAGAGACCCUACCAGUGCCGACACUGUCCUAAGAAGUUUAGUCUCAAGCAUCAAUUGGACACGCAUCACCGUAUUCACACAGGUGAGAAACCCUUUGAGUGUCGUCUGUGUGGUCAGCGUUCCCGGGACUUCUCAGCCAUAAUCAAGCACCUGCGGACUCACGGUGGGGCAUCCCCUUACCGGUGCACCCUGUGCUUAGAGUUCUGCAGCAGUCUGGUGGCCAUGCAGAGGCACGUCAAGAGCCACCCGCUGCACGAAUUCCCCCCAGACUGGAACAUCAGUUGCACAUACCUGUACACGUCACAUAUCAGUCAACACUGACUGACAGCUUUUAACAGGAAACAUCUGUAUAGCGUAAUAAUGCACUUGGUGUCUUCUUACAUCACCUGCCAGUUUGGAGGACUUGAUCUAUGUUGACCUGGUCCAUCUGUUCGGUUUUAGAAUCAAAUAUGACCUUUGAAUUUAAAACGUUAAGGUUCAUCCCCGAGUUAUCUUCAAUUGUGAACAUUGACUGCCCAUUUGUGAAAAUGUGGCUUUUUUUUUAAUUUACACUAUUGCAUUUGAUUAUUAAAAUGGAUGGUUGAAAAACAGUGUGACAUUUCACUUGCAUAACACAGGAUUGGACAAAAGAUUUCAAGCGCAUAGGGAUGUGACAUUUCACUCAAGCCCUGCUUUGAUUCAAAUUCCAUUUCCCGACUUCAAUUCGAUUGUAAGUACAACAUCUUUUUUUUUUUUACAUCAAUGCAUAUUUUAGGCAGUUUAAAUUGGUUUUAUCGAUUUUCGAUGAAUUGUUACAUCCCUAUCUACAAGGGCAGCAUUCUUCAUUCAAGUAUCACUUUUUAACAACCGUUCCCAUGUUAGGCAGCUAACCAUUUUUAGCAUUUAGCUCCAUAGCUAGCAAUAACGGAUCAAAUCAAACAAGAGAAACUAUGCCGAAAGUAUAUGUGAUGAUUUUUUUUUUUUUUUAACUUUCUUACCUGAUAAGUUUUUUUCUUGGGGGCUCCAGAGCAAGCAGUUUUCAACUCGGAAGAGGCAUGAGGCUUCACCAGAGUUGAAUUUGCAAGUGGGCAUGGACUGUAUUGAUGACAUCACCACAGCUGGAUUCUGAGUGGUCAAACUGAGAGCGUUCCAACCAUCCCUUCGUUACUAAACAUCCCGGUCUCCCCCUACAUAGCAUGAGUGUGUGACUUUUGCCACCUGUAUUUGCCGUAAUAGAAAGCACACACAAUCCUGAGAUCCAAUAAAAGCUCAGUGAUUAAAAAAAAAAAGACCCCAGGUAUAGACAAAUAAAUGCAACAUAUUUGUUGAAACGUCUUAACAUCUUUAUUUAAACAAAUAAUAUAAAUAAAAAAGUGCAUAGAAAAAUUAAACAGGUUUAGAAAUACAUGUACAAAUAUUUACAAACUCAGGGUUGAUUUGUACAUGGUAACAAAGACAUCAAUUUAAAGAUCACAAUUUUCCUCAUUUUUGUCUUUAACACUUACUUUAAAAUAACCCUACUAUAUAUAUAUUUAUAUAUAUUUGUGUGUGUGUAUGCGUGCGUGUGUGUAUAUUUAUGUAUAACAUAUAG